GAUCACGUGACGUGACAGCUAGCAGUAUGGCGGCACUCGGCUGAGAUUAGCCCGGACGUAGCUAUCCAAAAAAAAUAAAAAUAAAUACAUAAAUAAAUAAAUAAAAAUAUUUCGUUAGCUUGCUCGCCUUUGUCGAUUCCUGCCCUUCUCCGCAGGGGGGCCGGGCGCGACAUGACAGCCUGACUUUACGAAGAAGAAAUGCAAGGAGAAGACGACUUUAAGGCAGAGAGCAGCAAGACCAAGACUAUGUUUCUCUCCCGGGCGCUGGAGAAGAUCCUCUCCGAUCGGGAGGUGAAGAGAAGUCAACACAGUCAGCUGCGGAAAGCCUGCCAAGUGGCGCUAGAUGAAAUCAAGGAGGAGCUUGAAAAACAAAAGGAUGGCACGGUGGUCCCGCCGAGAGCCAACUACAUCGAGGCUGACAAAUACGUGCUGCCCUUUGAGUUGGCCUGUCAAUCAAAGUCGCCCCGUAUAGUUAGCACUUCUUUGGACUGCCUGCAGAAGCUAAUAGCGUAUGGCCACAUCACGGGGAACGCUCCGGACAGUUGGACUCCUGGCAAGCGUCUGAUGGACCACCUGGUGGAGACCAUCUGUAACUGCUUUCAGGGUCCGCAGACGGACGAAGGGGUGCAGCUUCAGAUCAUCAAGGCCCUGCUGACGUCUGUCACGUCUCCGCACAUCGAGAUCCACGAAGGGACGGUCCUCCUCACGGUCAGAACGUGCUACAACAUCUACCUGGCCAGCCGCAACCUCAUCAACCAGACCACCGCCAAGGCUACGCUCACGCAGAUGCUCAACGUCAUCUUCACGCGAAUGGAAAACCAGGCGGCGGUUUUAGCAGCCAUCACGGGCGUCUCUCGGCCAAUCGGCAGGCGGCUCCGACGGGUCUCGGGCUCGCUGGGGGGAGACCCCCCUCCCCCCACCCCCGUUCACCAGGGCACCUCCAGGCUUUCUCUGGAGGCGCUUGUGAAAUAUUGA